AUGAUCCCCUCUGUCCGUACGCGAUACAGCCUGCUUCUAGAACUGGAUCAUUACACCACCCAGUUUUUGACAGGCCAUGGCGACUUCUAUGGCAAACUAUAUAAGUUUAACCUGGUAAGGGACCCCACAUGUGAGUGUGGAAGGAACCCAGAAACGGUCCGGCACGUACUCAGGUUCUGUCUCAGAACGAUACCGGCCAGAAGAAAAUUGAAAAAAGUCCUAGCAGAAGAAGGCGAGAGAUGGCCGCCUGAAAAAGGAGCGUUCCUCAAAUCAAAACAUAUGAUGCCUUGGUAG